AUGAAUACACACAAGGCAGGAGCACCAACAUCAAGUGGUCCUGAGAGGCCACAUUCCAGGCCCCAAAGACAUCGGUGGACAAAUUCAGACAAAAAACCCCUCAAUGACUGGGCAUUACUGCCCCAAGGAUGGAAUAUUGAUGAGCCUGAUCUCGAUCCUCAAGAUCUAGGUGCUCAGAUUCAGAGAUGCAAGGAAAGAAUCGAAGACAAUAUCAUGCCUUACAUAUUCGAAAUAAGACUGAAGGUCUUAGAGGAUGCAAAGGCCAGUCGCGAUUUUAUAAUGGCUCAAUAUCAAGAAAGAGGACUAAGCUGGGACGUCAUCCAGCGGUUAGAAAGUCUCAAAGCUCUCAGAGAGGAGCUUACAGCAAAUGGCGAUGUUUUUGAAGAAUUGCCCAAUAUCGAGUCCAUUAUCAAGGCUUAUGACUCUGGUGCUUUGAGGAUGGAUGGACAGAUCACAUACUGGUCUUAUGGAAGAGUUGUCUACCGUUCGCAUUCAUUUGACUGGGAUGAUUUCAAGCGGGCAAACAGGACGCAUCAAGGCUACAAAGGAUUUUGGGUGGAAGGGCGAGGCGACCAAGGACCCUCAUCGGUGAAUUCUUAUAAAGCCAUCUGUUCUACAGAUACUGACGGACAAUAUGUGAUCCCACUGGUCCUCAGGCUAGGACAAGAAUUAAUGCAAGACAAAAACGCAAUGAAGAUUGAGCCAGAAAUUGAAUUCGACUUCAUCGACGAUACAGGCUGCGGCCCGUUGAAGAUCUACACGGACGAUGUCGCAAUGCUACAAGGACCCAAUUCUGCAGAUGGAAUUCACUGGCCCUGGCCGCAGCUCAUUGGAUACGAGCCAAUGAAGUGUGCAGAUGGCUCAGUCAGCUAUAUCCUCGCUAUCAUGGUCGAAGUCAAUAUUUACGAUGGGCCGAGAGGCCACCCGAAUCGCCAAUUCAUGAUCCCGUCAUGGGUCCCGGCAAUGGCUCUAGUUGAUCCUGCGAAGUCGGUGGGCCCGGUCGGGCCCAAUGAGAGACUGAGUGGGCGUUGGAUGAGGUAUUCUCUCUUUACUGCAACGGCGCCGGGGUCUCAACAGCGUCUAUUUAUCAGUUCUACGAAAACCGGGUUAACGGAGAAGGACAUGUUACCCAAAGUUGAUGCGAAGUUUAUCAAGCCGAUGAGGUUGGUACGCUCUCGGUGA